UUUCUUUUCUAUUCUCUCUAUUUGUUUUUCUUUUAUUAGUAUAGAAUUUGACAAAAACCCCCAAAAUUGUAUUAAAAUCUUUGGAUUUUUCAGCGAGGGUCUGUUUGUGUUCAAAACUUGUAGUUUAGUCCCUCAAAAACUCUAUUCUUUUCUCUCUCUCUAUCUGCAAUUAAGAGGGAGAGGGAGAGGGAGAGAGAAAGCGCGGGAGAAAAGGAAAAUUUUUUCAUGGAAAGCCAAAGCCAAACCCAAAAAAAUGGAAAUCUCACUCAAAACCCUAGAUUAGUCAUUUUCCCGCCAAAAAUUCCAUUCUAACAUGCAAGACCCAGAUGUUUAAUCGUUGCUCUUUAUUCUUAUUUAAUACUAAGUAAUUCUAUUAUGCCUUUUGAAUUAUGGUCCCAAUUUUUUUUAUUUGUUUUGUCGAAGAAUGAAAGAUUAUACAUAGAACUAUUUGUUUUUAGGGUUUGAAUUGGAAAUCCAUGGCAGGGUGGUCGAUGAGAGGUGAUGGGUCUUCACUAGAUUGCGCAAAAACCACAGAAAAGCUUGAGUCUUUGAGCUCUUGGAUCGAUCUCGAGCCCUUUCGAGAAGGGUCUUUUUUGAAAUCUGAACCUGAUAAGCUUAGGUUAUGGUUUAACAAGUUUCUUGGGUCGUUUUUAAAAGAGAUCUGUGCCAAAGGAGGUUUUUGGCCUCUUCCUCCAAUGCUUGGAGAUGGUCGGCCUGUGGAUUUGUUUAAGCUUUUCUUGGUUGUAAGAGAGAAAGGUGGCUACAAUGCUGUUUCAGAAAGUGGCUUAUGGGACUUGGUUGCAAAAGAUUCCGGGUUGGGUUUAAAUGUAACUUCAUCAGUUAAGUUGGUUUAUGUUAAGUACUUAGUUUCACUAGAGAGAUGGUUGGAAAGAAUUGUUCAAAGUGAGGACUCAAAGAGCGAAUCGAACUGUAGCGGUCAGUUGAUGGAGUUGGGAGCUGAGCUUAAAGGGUUUUUAUUGGAAUCAAAGAAGAAAGUUAUGGAGUAUUCUCAAGUGGAAGAGAGUGUAGUAGCAGGGUUGGAUGGAGGAGAGAAAUGUGUAAAAGAUGAAGAAUCUAUGCAUAUUGAUUUAACAAAGAGGGUUUUGGAUUAUGAUGAAGUUGAAAAGUUGCGGAAUGAUGAUGAUCUAAAGAGCAUGGUGGCAGAUUCAGAUGGUGACAAGAAGUGCAUUUAUGUCGAUGAAUAUGAAGGUACGCCUUCAGAUAUGGCAAAAAGUGUAGUCAACUCAAUGUGUAAUGAGGAUGAGGAUUGCGUUGAAUGUAAAAAAUGCUCAGACAGUGAUGAUGAUGAUGAUUUUGUGUUAUUAGAUUCAAAUGACAUUAAGGAAAAAUUUUCAUCUCAUAAGAGGAAGCGGGAUUCUAUGUGGGGAAUGCUUAAUUGGGUUAUCGAGAUUGCGAAGGAUCCAUGUGAUCCGGUGGUUGGUUCAUUACCAGAGAGGUCUAAGUGGAAGUCUUAUGGGAGUGAGGAACUUUGGAAGCAGGUUUUAUUGUUUCGGGAAGCUGUCUUUCGCAGAAAGGAUGAUCAUUCAAGUGUUGACCAGUCCAUUUGGCUGAAAAAUCAGAAGAUGCAUCCGUGCAUGUAUGAAGAUCACACUAAAUUUGGGUACAAUCUCAGAGAGAGGUUGAGUUGCACGAAGAAGCUCCUUUUUGGGAAAAUGGCGUCCAAGGGACAGGAUUGGUCACAGUCAUCCUCCUCAGGGAAUCAUAGUGAUUUGGACAGUUCUAUGGUGGGGAUUGACAAACAGUUGCAUGGAACUCGUGACUCUGCAACUCCUGGCUCAGUGUUCAACCAUGAUGUUGGCAUUCAAGUUCCUAUUGGGCCAUAUUUUCAAGUUGAGGUACCGGGCUGGACAGGGGUAGCUUCAGAAAGCGAUGCAAAAUGGUUGGGGACUCGUGUUUGGCCAUUGGAAAAAAAGGAAAACAGGUUUCUGAUUGAAAGGGAUCGGAUUGGAAAGGGAAGACAAGAUUCCUGUGGUUGCCAUGUUCAAGAUUCUCUGGAAUGUGUAAAAUUUCAUGUUGCUGAGAAAAGAUUGAAAGUGAAGCGUGAGCUGGGUUCAGCUUUCAACCAGUGGAAAUUCGAUAAGAUGGGUGAAGAUGUUGCUUUUUCUUGGAAGGAGGAAGAACAGAAGAUGUUUUCGUCUAUAGUCAAGUCAAAUCCUCCAUCACUAGAAAAAUGUUUCUGGGAUGAGAUCUACAAGUAUUUUCCUAACAAAAGUAGGGAAGAACUUGUUUGCUAUUAUUACAAUGUCUUUCUUUUGCAGCGUAGAGCAUACCAGAAUAGGAUCACUCCGAGCAACAUUAACAGCGACGAUGAGGAACCAGAAGCAGAAACAGUUUCUAAAGGCUUUAGGAAUGAAGCAGUUAAGUCCUACACCUCCAUCUUAAUUUCCCCAAAGAAGUCGCAAAAAAAGUCAAGAUACUCUUCCUCAAUUAAAUACUGAACUCUUUGACAAAAGAUGUAAAGGCUUGGGUUAGCUGUGUCGAGUUUUCAAUUAAAAGAGAUAUUCCUCUUGGUGUAACUCUGACAAGUGAAAAUUUUAGUGGUCAACGAUUUUGUUUUAAGGGGGGAAGAAUUGAUCACAUGCCUCUAGUCUCAAGCAGCAUGGGUGCUCUUGAAGUCUUUUUGGUUCAUGCUUUUCAGUUUUUGAGGUAUAUUCAUGUCCAUUUAUCAUAACUAUUAGUAACAUCAAAUACAGGUAUUUUAUCAUCCUUUUCUUCA